CUCUCACCUGUUCGUCUGUGAUUGGUCGAUAAAGGACCCAAUCAGCGGUCGCUGCUGUUCGGCUCUUUCCGUGAGUCCACAGUGUGAUUUAGCGCACACGCUUAGAAACAUAUAGACACACGCACAUACGAUCUGAGCCGAACUCGGACCUUCGCCCCCCCCAACCCUCUGCCCUACUACUCUGGUGUGGCUCAGCUUCUGGAUCCCAGUGAACCCUCCUCGUCUGUCCGCCGACGGACGGUGAACCCGAGGAUCCGCCGGACCCUCUCCCCUCCCCAGAUGUAGAGGGAGUCGACAUUUACAGCAGCUGUGUACGCGACGUUUGUGCUGUUCACUGAACUCACCCACCAUGCGUGAGUACAAGCUCGUGGUGCUGGGAUCAGGAGGCGUGGGAAAAUCAGCACUGACAGUCCAGUUUGUUCAGGGCAUUUUUGUUGAGAAGUACGACCCCACAAUAGAAGACUCCUACAGAAAGCAAGUCGAGGUCGAUGGACAACAGUGUAUGCUAGAAAUCCUGGACACAGCUGGAACAGAACAAUUCACAGCUAUGAGGGACCUGUACAUGAAGAACGGCCAGGGUUUUGCCUUGGUCUACUCCAUUACAGCGCAGUCGACGUUUAACGACCUGCAGGACCUCCGGGAACAGAUCCUGCGAGUAAAGGACACCGAGGAUGUUCCUAUGAUUCUGGUGGGAAACAAGUGCGACCUGGAGGGUGAGCGUGUGGUGGGGAAGGAGCAGGGUCAGAACCUGGCCCGUCAGUGGAACAACUGUGCCUUUUUAGAGACUUCAGCCAAAUCAAAGAUCAACGUUAACGAGAUUUUCUAUGAUCUGGUGAGACAGAUCAACAGGAAAACGCCAAUGGAGAAAAAGAAAACAAAAAAGAAGUCGGGCUGCACGCUGCUCUAAAGUCAGCUCCAACAAUCAGCUCAAGCCCAGAAAUGUAAAGUGAUGUUUCCCACUGGAUUCCCAGCCAGCAUUCUCCGGCAGGAGAACAUUUGAAAAAAAAAAAAAAAAA